UUUAGGCAGACCCACUGAAAGAAUCUCUAAGAUAUAAAUACAGCUCAGAAACAUCAGAGCAUCCAGACUGAUUGACAUUAAGAUUUUCAUCAGAUCACCUCAGCUGAACUCUGAAGAUGAAGCUGGUUUCAGUGGUUCUCCUCCUGCUGGCUCCAGCGUUGACCUCCUGCUUCUCUCUCUUCCUCCCGCUGGACUGCAGUGACAUCUAUCACCAUGACAAAAGCCGACCCAGUGGAGUUUACACCAUCCAUCCCAUCGGAGCCACGUCUGCUGUCCAGGUGUACUGUGACAUGGACUCAGUAGGAGGACGUUGGACGGUGUUCCAGAGGAGGAUGGACGGCUCGGUGAACUUCUACAGGCCCUGGGAUCACUACAAGAAGGGCUUUGGUAGCGCUGCUGGAGAGUACUGGCUCGGUCUUGAGAAUCUCUUCCAUCUGACUCGGAGGAAGAAGGUUGAGCUGCUGGUCGACAUGGAGGACUUCAAUGGAAAAAAAGUGUUUGCUCGUUACUCCUUGUUCUCCAUUGAAUCAGAGUUCUACGGAUACAGACUGCAUGUGUCUGGAUUCAAAAAUGGAGGAGCAGGAGACUCCCUGAGUAAUCACAACAGACAGAAGUUCUCCACCUUCGACAAAGACCAGGACUCCAGCAGCAACAACAACUGUGCCCAACUCUUCAUGGGGGGGUUCUGGUUCAACAGCUGUUACAAAGCAAACCCCAACGGGGUUUAUGGCUGGGGGGCUUAUAGCUCCAUCCUUUAUACAGGAGUGGAUUGGAACCGCUGGAAGGGCGCUAACUACUCUCUGAAGACCAUCAGCAUGAAGAUUCGUCCUGUGCAGUAAUUCUCCAGAACGAACAAACAGCAGAAUAUCUGUUGAUCUCUUUCUUUCUUUCUCUCUGAUCUAGUCUGUAACUUCACAUAUACUUCAAAUAAAUAUUUCCAGCAUCAAUAAAAGUCAGAUGUAGAGUGUGUUUGUGAGCAGCUGCUGGGUGUAAAGUCUUGUGUCAAACAGCUGUUGGUGUAGAGAAAUGAUUGGACAGGUGGGGAACUUAGUGGAGGAUCCAGAGGAACAAAUACAGAGCAGCUUCCAUCAGAAACAUCACAUGACAUCACUGAAGUGAUGAAGAACCAAAUGACAGAUGGAGUUGACUUGUA